GUUGCCCAAAGAAAAUAAGAAUAGUUAUUUCAGAUCGGCUAAGUGUAAUAUUAGUAUUGUCCACGAGAUAUGGGAUGGAUGAACGACACCAAUUUAUACUGGCGAACACACACCUUCCCCAAAAUAUAGAUUAACAUCUGUGAGCCUGUGAGCGGAGCAGGUGCCAGCCAUGGUAGGCCGCGAGCGUAGCAGUCCGUGAUCUAGCAGCGACGUGCGGCGCAGACAGCGAUCGGCGUAAGCAACGAGCAGAUCAAGCGGAGAGCGUAGCAAGCAGUGAACGGCGCAGGCAAUGAGCAGACUAGUAUCCAGAGAGCGUAGCAAGCCGCUAGCGGAGCAAGCUGCUGGCAGAGCAACUGCGAGCAGAGUAGGUCGCGACCGGAGCGGCUGGGGAGAGUGAAUACACCUCUGAACCGCCGUUCGUUUCUUCCAGGUACUAGUUAUGUACUAUUUUUAUAUUUUGACCUACAAAUUGACGUUGUAGGUUAGGUGUUCGAUAAAACGCCUGAGAUUUUCAAGUUCAACUUCAACCUCAACUGUUUUUUCAACUUUGAAGUUUCAAGUUUGAGGUUACAGACAUUACACUUUCAGGAUUUGUGGAGAUCCAUACCUACCCCAAAUUUGAGAAUGAAGCUUUGCAUUUGCUACUAGCUUUGUGAAGGUUUGCUGCAGCCUGCAGGUUUUCAGGGACGGUUUGAAAUUCUGUCACUUUCUGGAUUCUUUAUAUUCUCUGAAGUUGGUGGUCAGCGCAGCAGAAUGGGUGGGUUGAGUGUUUCUCUAGCUGGGCCAGAUGGUAGUGUAUUAGGUGGCAGUGUUGCUGGUCUUCUGAUAGCAGCUGCUUCUGUUCAGGUUAUUGUUGGAAGUUUCCGUGUUGACGUUGAGAAGCUACAGAAGCUAGGCCGUAGUGAGAGGCUGUAUGCCUCUCCUCCUCCUCCGCUAGCCAGGCCUCCGGCCAAGGGUCCCAGAAGUCCACCUUCGUUUGGAAGCCUAAGCGAAUCCAGCGGCCCAGCCAGCCCUUCCGCUCCUACGGGUCAUAACCAACACCUCCUUGAAACAUCAACUAACAGUCCGCCUGGAGUCCCAAGCUUUCUGUGGAGGUAGAAUAUGGUCUUUUAAUUAGUUUUGAGAUCUUUCUGCAGGUUAGUAUGGAGGGGCAUAAAGGUAUUAAACUGAGUUCAAAUGAGAUUGUGCUGAAGAAGACAUAAAGAUAGCUAACAUGUUUUUCGUGGAGUUCUUUUAUAUCUUGGUGUGGAGUUUCACUCCAAAUCAUAGGUGUCCUCCUUUUCAUGUUAUUCUUAUUUUCAUAGUUUUUCCCUAUUCCCUUGAUUAGUGAUUCAAUUUUAAUUAUAACAUUGUUUCACUCUUAAUUUCAUUUGUUUUCUUAAUUAAUACAGGUCUGAUUGUAUAUUCUUGAUUCUUGAAUUAUAUUCCAUAGAGCUCUGGUAUGGCAUUAGUACUUAUUUUAAGGCAGCCUAGUUAUACUGCAUGCAGCCUAGCACAGUGGUUAAAAUGUUGCCACUCUGACAUAAAAGAUAGGUUUGAGUUCCGGAAGAGUUGAAAGUGUUAAAAUAAAUUUCCGCUUCUACUUAUAGUCUUAUAUAACUCAAAGCAACUUUUGUUAGGUAUAAGCAAUAAGAUAUUGUUGAACUUCGUGUUUUUGUUAUGCAAUAGUAAGAUUUUAUUUUGGCUUUGUAGAGAUUAUUCAAUCUGGAACCGUUCUCUCCGAAAGACAAUGAGCAUCAUUUUCUGGAUAUGUAUAGUGAAUUCCUUCAACGGCACGAGAUGAACGUUAUGCUAUUUUACAAGUUGCUGCACGUUGACAUUCAGUAUUAUUAGAAAAUUUAGUCUUGUUAUUUGUAAAAGUAUUAUAAAUUUAUGUUCAAAGAUCGUGAGUAAUGUGUAACCCAUUGAUACUUUACCUACUUGUAAAAUAUUUAAUCAGGUAAUGGAAUGUUUUUAUGGUGUUUUGCUAAUUUUGG